AUGGAGGAAAUGUCUCCCCAUUCAUUUAUCGAGGAAGUCCUUUGCGGCCCGCAGGUCAAGAUUCGCAUCAGCAACGGUUCCUACGAGAUCCCAGUCUCACGACGCCUUCUCUGCAAGAUCUCGCCGUACUUCACCGUCAUGUUUGAGGGAAACUUCCUCGAAUCCGAAACCCAGACGACAACUAUGGGGGCCGUGGACGGGGUCAUUUCUGAACAAGGCUUUGAACGUCUGGUGCUAUGGCUUUACACUGGUCGAUUGCUGUUCGACAUUGCGGAACCUAGUGAUCGGAUCUCAGCCAUAAUUGAGCUGGCAAGACUCUGUGAUAUGUGUGGAAUCACCACGAUCCACGACAAACUGGUCACCAAAUUCGUUAUGACCAUAGUUAGCAACCGCAACGAGGAGCAACCCCAUACCAAACACAUCACAUCCGAGCACGUCCGUUCAGCUGCCCAACUACCACCCAGCCACCCUACUUUUGUCAAAUUGGCGCAGGUCUUGGCUGCCGGAAUUGUCGAAGGCGGUGCUCGCUCUAAAUUCGCGAAGGAAACUCAACUUUACCCAAAGCUUGGGGCGGUUGUGCUUCAUCAAGUCAGGUCGAUCCUCAACAUUAUAAAGCCCAGUUACCGAGGGGGUCAGUCCGGUAUUUACAGAGAUCCAAUAUACAAUGCUUUGAAGAUUAUCAAGCCUGCCAAUCCAUGA